ACGUUUUGCCCAUUCGGCGCAGGCAGCUUUGACCAGAAAAGGUGCCUACCUAUAGCAGCGAGACAAGAAAGUUGCAAAAGAGUUGCUUCGCUCCCCAUAAUAGCAAGCGGACAAUCCAAAUCGACGACGACACCUCUCGAGGAGGAAGAGCAUUUGGGCGCCAGGCAGCUUGGCGUGCAAUGGCAUCGUCAUAUCAAUACCGCAACUCUUACUAUCACAGCAACCCGGGCGAGAGGCACGACGAUAGUAGCCAGCACACGGCGACUGGUGGAGGGCGUCGUAACCAGCGAAUUCGGAGCAGCGACGGUACCGUCAGCACCACCAUGAGUUCCUCUACCGGCCGUGAAUCUGCCGCCACCCACAUGACCGAAGGGCCCGCUUACUCCAAGAAGAUCGUCGUCGUUGGUGACGGCGGCUGCGGCAAGACAUGUCUCCUCAUCAGCUAUAGCCAGGGCUAUUUCCCAGAAAAAUAUGUACCAACAGUAUUCGAAAACUACAUCACCUACCCUAUCCACCAGCCAUCGGGCAAAGUCGUUGAACUCGCUUUAUGGGAUACUGCCGGCCAGGAAGAAUAUGACCGGCUACGGCCACUGUCAUAUCCCGAAACAGACCUUAUUUUUGUCUGCUUUGCGAUUGACUGCCCCAACUCACUAGAAAACGUCAUGGACAAGUGGUAUCCCGAAGUUCUCCAUUUCUGCCCUUACACCCCUCUCUUCCUCGUCGCCCUCAAGUCCGAUCUCCGCUUUAAGAAGACUUGCAUCGACAUGCUCAAGACACAGGGCCUCACUCCCGUCACCACCGAGCAAGGCAUGGCAGUGGCCAAGAAGAUGAAUGCCCAAUACAUGGAGUGCAGCAGCAAAGAAAUGACAGGCGUCGACGAGAUUUUCGAGCGAGCCAUACUCACCGUCGUGGCUAACGACCGCAAAAACAUCGAGGCCCAGAUGGCUGCCGAAGGCUCAUCCAACGGCGGUGGCCGGUCCGGCAGCGGCGGGCCCAACAUUCCAGUCGUUGGCCGUCUUAAGAAGAAGAGGAACUGUAAGCUCUUGUAGAGGAGCUUGGCGACGGCGCAUUGUGCCAGCCUGUUUGACACCCGGCCGAGGGGCGAUGGUUAAAAACGGCGUUGAAGAUAACAUGGGAGUCUACGAAAGUGCAA